AUGAUUUCCUCUCUUUGUAUUCUCCACUGGCCAGAAUCCGAUCUGCACAGCCAGGUACUCGUGAGCCGAAGAUAUCGGAACGAUAUACCCAAUGAAAGAAGUAUAGUGUCCAGCUUCGAAAUCCUUUAUAAGAAGCUUCGUCCAGAAGAAAGAGUACCUUUUAAUUAUCAUCGAGGAAUUAAUUACGUUCACAUCCGAGGAGCCAACGAUAUACUUCUUCUUGUGACAGCCACCACAAACAUCAACGCCAUGCUGGUAGUCGUUUUUCUCAACAGUUUCUAUGGAAUUCUCCAUAACUAUUUAUGCCAGCAAUUAUCCUCCUCGAACAACGAAGAUUUUAAACAUCUUCUGUUGGACCGAGACAGCAUUAUAGACAAUGUCAAUCUCAUAUUUGAGCUCAUUGACGAAUGUUUGGACUUCGGCUUGAUACAGCUGACAGAUUACAACAUCCUCAGAGAAUACAUCAAGGUUAACGUCAACUUGCCGAGGUUCCGGGCGGAUGGCUCGGAUAUCACGUCAGACGAAUCAGAUAGCGAGAGCAACAGUAAACACGAUGUGAAGUCACGAGCACGAGCCAAGUCUAAAUCAAAGUCAAACUCUCAAACAAACCACAAUUCCAAUAUUAAAUCGACAUCAAAUCAUGCGAUUACCAACGACGUAAUAGAUCACAGUUCCGAAUUCGUGAACAGUUCUGUUUUACGUACCUAUUCGCUGGCUAUCAAUUGGCGACAGAAGGGGAUUUUCUACUCUAAGAACGAGAUCUAUAUUGAUAUUAUAGAGGACUGUGAGUUCUACUACGAUCUUGAAUUGGGCGUAAUAAAGCGAAACGAAGUAUUUGGAACAUGUGCAGUCAAAUGCUAUCUAUCAGGAAUGCCUGUUUGUCGUAUAGGUUUCAACGAAAAGCAGAUUUCUAGAAUUGGAAACGGAGACCCAGAUGAUGCUUCAGAAAACGAGACUGAAGUCCUUCCUUCCAACCAACUUAAGGCGGAUGAUAGAGAAGAAGAGGAAGAUGAUGAAGAGCUCGAGCUGAAAGAGAAAUCGCCUACUGCAGAACCUGAGCUCGCGGUCCAGUCCAAGAAGAGUAGGAUUCCUAUUAGAAAUGUCCAAUUUCAUCAGUGCAUAGAGUUAGCAACCAUAUACAAGAAUAAUUUAGUUACAUUCAUUCCACCAGAUGACAAGUUUAUUCUCAUGACAUACCAUCUAGAACAACAGAAACAAAAGAAGAAGUUACCAUUGAUUAUGAUAGAGCCCACAUUCAGAGUGUUGAAGAGCACCAACAAACUUCAAGUGUUGUGUGUGGUACUGACAAACUUCAAAAAGAGAAUUCAUUGCCAGAAUCUCAUGGUGAGAAUACCAAUCAACCCGAACAUAUUUGAAGUAGAUAUCGGGAAAGACGAGGAUUGUUUGAAAUAUAGAGCAGAGACUGGUGAAGUAGGCUAUAAGGUGGAUUCGUCAGAGUUAGUAUGGAAGAUUGGUGCAAUAGAUGGAAGAGAACAGGCGAGGAUGAUGGCUGAACUUACAUUGACUUCAGCUGAGAAGGUCAAUACGACCUACAUUCAAGAUGUUCUACUUCACAGAGGACCUAUUAGAGAAGCUUCUGCGCCAUCGGAUGAUGAAGAUGAGGAUUCAGCACAGGCUGAACUUGACCAAUUCUAUGGUGUUCAUGGCCAAUCGUCAUCUCUGGCCAAGAAGUUGACGAAGCAAUGGAAAAUACAAAAUUUUGACAAUGACAUCAAGUUGAAGUUCAGCAUUCCCAUGCUCGCAUAUUCGGGACUCAGACUCAAUUAUCUAAGUGUGGUUGAAGACCAACUCAAGUACUCGUGCUUUCCGUGGGUCCGGUAUGCCACGGAAUCUGAUCCACAUAAAAAGACCGGUAAAGGCGAUAACAAAGACAUUGCGGGCCAGAACUGUGAUUAUAGGUUCCGGAUUGGUAUCAGUAGUUUCCAGAUCAUUGGAAAUGGAACAGAUAAACCCAAGUCGUAG